UUUGAAAUUAAACAUCGAACAGUAACAGACAUUUUAAAGCCUGCUGCUUUUAACUGGGACUUCUAACUGCUCUGUUUCCUGUUGUUGAACCAGGCCACAUAACUGUUUCAAAAUGAAUCAAGUCAAACUUCUUGCUCAUAAACAAUUCUCCUCCGUGUUAAUCCCCUUGUUGGCCCUGCUUGGCUCCAGCCGAGCGUUACCCAGGACGGACCCUCCGAUCCGCCCCGGCCAACCCUUCCUGUUCAUGUGGAACGCCCCAACCGAGCUCUGUGACAUUCGAUUCGGCAUACCACUCGACCUCUCCUACUUCCACUUUGUCAGCAGCACGCUAAGAACGGCGACGAACCAGAGCAUUUCUAUAUUCUACACAGACCGCUUCGGACUCUUCCCCUAUGUGGAUGAAGACACUGGCGAGAUGUACGACGAGGGCCUGCCGCAGCUGAUAGACCUGGAGGACCACAACAAGCAGGCCGAGGAUGACAUCGAGUACUACAUCCCCUCCAACCAGCCGGGCCUCGCUGUGCUUGACUUUGAGGAGUGGAGGCCACAGUGGGUUAGAAACUGGGGCAGUAAAGACAUCUACCGACAGAUUUCCAUCGAAACGGUCCAGAAGAAGAAUGCGUCGUUGACUGAGAAUGACGCGGAAGACCAGGCGAAGAUCGUGUUUGAACGUGGAGCCAAAAAGUACUUUCUACGAUCGAUCCGCAUCGGGAAGAGGAUGAGGCCCAACAGGCUUUGGGGUUACUACCUGUACCCAGACUGCUACAACUACGAUUACAACCAGGACAUGGAAGGCUUCAAUGGGGAGUGUCCCGACAUCGAGAAGGACAGGAAUGACAAUCUGUUGUGGCUUUGGAAAGAGUCCACGGCGCUCUUUCCGUCCAUUUACCUGGAGUUGGUGCUCAGGGACUCCCUGCAGGCCCGAAUGUUUGUGCGGCACCGCAUCCAGGAAGCCAUGAGGGUGUCCACACUCCCAAACAGCUCCUACUCCAUCCCCAUCUACGCCUACAUCCGCCCCGUCUACAAGGACAGCGUUGACGACUACAUGUCAGAGUUUGAUCUGGUGAACACCAUCGGAGAAGCUGCUGCACUCGGCGCCGCCGGUGUUGUUUCCUGGGGCGACAUGAACGUCACCGACACAGAGGACUCGUGCUUUGACGCUUGGCGCCACCUGAAUCGAGUCAUGAACCCGUACGUCCUGAAUGUCUCCACAGCAGCACGACUCUGCAGCGUUGCGCUCUGCCAGGGCAGAGGUCGCUGUGUGAGGAAGCGCUGGGAUGAAGACGUCUUUCUUCACCUUGAUCCACGCCGUUACCAGAUUGAGCGGCGAGGCCGUGACGGCCCGCUGACCGUGAGGGGCGGCCUCUCGCAGGACGACAUCAACUUCUUUGACGACAGCUUCGACUGCAUGUGCUACAGCGAGACGCCGUGUCGAUCGGUCUUGACCCUCAACAUUAUCCAGGAGUUUGUUAUAACCACGAGGAAUCAAGGUGCUAACAGGCCCCGCCCCUUCCUGCUGGUGAUGACGCUGCUCUGUCUGAAAUGUUUCGUGAUGUGGAUAUGAAUUUAUAAUUGGCGUGAUUUGGAAAUUAAUUUAAUGUGGAUAAUGCAAAGCUGAUAUAUGUGAUAAAUUGCAGGUUUUUAAGGACAAUUCCACUGUGAUUUUAGACUGUUUGUUUGUUGUUUCUGACUGUUUUUACAGUUUACAAUAAAUAUAUUUUGAAUUCA